UGUUUCCCAAUUCCAAUUUCUUUCCCAGCAAAAGGCCUGAAAAUAGGGGGGGGGGGAAGAAAAGGAACCAAACCAACUUGUUCAUAGCUUCGCAAUCCACAAGGAUUCACUUCCCCGAUCAAACCACACCGGAGGGUUCCAAACAAAUGAGGUCGAUCGAAGGUAAUGUUCACUGUACAGCCGUUAAACAGACGAUAAGGCUUAUAAUGUUUAGGCCACGAAGUCGACGGAGUUCCGGGCUCCGGUAAAGCAGGUGCUCUGAGAUCUGGUGGUCAUGGCCAUAAAAUCAUUAGCAUAAAUUUUCCUUUCAUUUCCUUCACCUUUAUUGGUAAAAGCCUGGUUCAACGCCAAGUACCUUAAGAUUUGCUUAGGAAAGGUAGUGUACACGUGCCAAUUGAACACGUGGCAGAACGAUCAAAAGGGUAAUAUUUGGGUGCAAAAUUUUCUCGAUUUUCCCUCUUCUUCCCGCUCAGACAUAUUUCAAAGUUCGCUCCAUUUUUUCCCGAGAUUAACCAGAGUGAAAGCGGGACUGGCGAUAAAAGAACCAGAGCACUCAGCACAGAUAGAUAGAUAGAGAGAGAGAUGGUCGGUGGCACCUCCUUUGCCAAGACCAUUUGCUCGAUCUGCUACGAAGAUCUCAAGCCCAUUGUUGAAGAUAUCCAAGCCAUCUCCAUUUGUGGCCAUGUCUUCCACGAGCUCUGUCUACAGCAGUGGUUCGAGUACUGUUCGAACUCGAAGAAAUGUACCUGCCCCGUGUGCAAGCAGCUUUGCUCGGCAAACAAUGCCAGUCGUCUCUAUUUUCAGUCCGUUGGGGACUCGAACGAUACGGUCCUCACUCAGAAGCCGAUCAAUUGCGAGAAAGACACCGAAGAGUUGUGCAGGGAACUUAAGAGAUUGGAGACAAAGGUGUCAGGGCUUACUUCGGUUUUAGAGCGCCAGGUGAAGGAGCUCGAAGAGGUCAAUGAGGAGCUUUGUUCUUGUAAAGAGCAGGCAAAAAGGGAAGCAGCAUUAAAGAAUGACGCCCUGAAACAAAGAACAUCCAUGCAACAGCUACUUCAUCUGAAAUCUCAGGAGCUUGAUAAAUCAACUUCGGAAUGUUUGAGGUUGCAAGAAAGGAAUAUGGGCUUGGCCAAAGAGCUUGCAGCAUUCAAAUUGGUUUCUGAUCUGGAUCUCGAUGAAGAGGAGGUUUUAAAGCUUGCCUCUUUUGGUAAUGCUGCCAACAACAAAGAUACCAUAGACAUUCUACGGAAAUCCUUAGUAGUGCGUAAUAGGAGUUACAAAGAAUUGAUGGCAAAGUGCAACCUCCUUGGAAGAGGAGAGGCUCGCUUUUGCAGAAAACUUGAGAAGUCUAAAGAGAAGACUAAUAAAUUAAAGACAAGGCUACAAGAAUUGGAGACAGCUCUCGAAGUGAAAGAUAACGAAGUUUUGAGGUCUCUAAAAGCUUCAAAGAAAAAUAGAUGCAAAGGGGUUAUUCAAAAUGGUGUGAAUAGUAGCUCUAAUUCUAAUUCUUUGCCCGCCAAUGAUUUUUCAUCGCAAGAUCAAGAGAAACAACUUUCUGCACCCAUGCUUAAUUCAGUUCAGACAGGAAGCUUGACUAGUAAUCCAUCGUGUUCUAGGAAACUGGAAAACUUCAGUUUCACUAACAAUAUGGAUGUAAAUUAUACUGAAAAAGCUACUAGCUCCAUGGCUCUAAAUAAAGAGAGAGAUGAAUACUUCUUAAUAGAUGAGGAUGAUUCAAAAUUUUCUACAGCUCCACUUGGACUUUCAGAUCCUAAUGCUAAAUAUCAAACCAGUGAAGAUAUAACUGGGCAGAAGUCCACUCCAUUGAGGUCACAGGUAGCUUCUGACAUGAGCAAAGAAAUUAGAGUGCAUGGACUAGAUAAUCUGGUAGAACAUUCGGGUUCAAGAAGUGGUAUCAGUAAUGAUAUGGGAAAGACUCCUGCUGCCCUGGACGAGGAUGUGACAUUGCUUCUUGAUGAUGUUAUAGAAGUUGAGCCACCCACGCUUAACAUUAGAAAGGAGUCUCCAUCCCCACUACCACUUUCUGAACCAGGGGGUAUAUGUUUUUCUGGCGGAUUGCUUGGCCCAGAUGGAACACACAGGUAUCUGGGUAAAUGGUGCAAGCGGAGCCAAAGCAAUGGAUCAUUAGCAAAGCAAGGUUCAUAUACGGGUAACCUGAUUGCUGCUGGAGCUGAUGGGAGAGGUGGUAGAAUCAAGGUUCUGAGGUCUCCAAACCAAUCUUCACUGGAUGGUAAGGAGACUUCAGUGGGAGCAAAGAGGUGCAAGUAUGGAGCUAAGACAAGUCGCUUGCAGUCACAAGGGUGCUUACAAAUAGAACAUUUCUUUGGAAAGGGCUAGUGAGUAAUUAAGUGUUCAGUGAAAUGUGUAAAACAGAUCUACAUUAAUGUUCUAUAAUUCCCAAAAUUUUUAUCGAUCAUGAUUUUCACAGUAAA